GGUUACUCGAGAACAUGGACGUCAUCUCGCAGGGUUGGCAGUCUUCGUGCGGUAGGACAAGUAUUCUAAAGACCAUUUCGAGGAAAGCGAUGAUGCGAGAGCGUAUGGCAGUUGUAAUUUCGACGAAGCACGCAAUGUCAAGCGAUAGCCAGGUCGAACGUGGGAGAGGAUAUGCCACGAAAAGUAUAAAUAAGGGACAUCGAUCCCAUGGAAGAUACUCUCUCCGUUCUUCACCAGCGGCAACAACGCAAUCGAUACAAUCAACAUUUCUUCAACUCCCUUCUCAACCUUAGCAUCUUAGCUUCAACUCAUCUUCAAUAUGAAGGCCACACUUUUCACCCUCUUCGCUGUUGGCGGCUUCAUUGCUACCAGCAUCGCCAACCCUAUCAAUGUCGAAACUAGCCUUGAAAAGCGUCAGGACAUUGAUGCUAUCGAGACGAGUCUAGAAACCCUUUACACUCAGAUCCAGGAGCAGACUGCUAAGAUCAACGAGACCUUGACCCCCGUACCUGAUGGCGCUCCUGAGGCUGAUGCUUCGGCUGCUGCUGAGUCCAUCGCUCCUCAGCUUGACGCUAUCGCGGAUCUUCUUGACAAGUCUGCUACCAUCGCCAAGCGCGCCAUCCUUGAGGCCCGAUUCGUUAAGGAGGACAUUUUCAAGACUGUUUCUCUCAUACUGUUUGAGCUCCUCGGUACCGUGAAGUUUAUCCUCAUCAAGCUUGGUCUCGGUCCCGUUUUGAUCCACCUCGUUCCUCUCAUCCUCGCUCUCGUUAACCUCGUUAAGGCUCUCGACAAGGUGGUUGACGGCCUGCUGAUUGCAGUCAAGUUUAUCGUUGAUGACCUUCUUAAGGCUGUCGGCCUUGGUCUCCUGGGUCUCCUCCCCUAA